AUGGAGAGAGAAGAAGAAACACAAGCACCCUCCGAAAUGCCUGAUGUACACCGAAUCAGGGAAUAUUGGGAAACUAUAGUUGGUGUGAAAAAGCCUUUCAACUCCAAAAACGUUCAGUUACAAGCAUGGGAACAAUCUCUUUCACAAAUUCCAGAAGAUAGUGACCUUACAGGCCAUCUUACCAAGGAAUUAUGGGAUCGAGUUGUCCGAAAAGCAAAGCCAUGGAAAGCGCAUGGCCCAGAUGGACUUCAAGGUUAUUGGUGGAAAGUAUUUGUUUCUGCUAAUAUGGCGCUACAUAAGCUAGUACUACACCACCUAACAUCUGGAGAAAGCCUACCACAACCAUGGAUUACUGAAGGAAGAAUAGUCCUUAUUCAUAAAGCGGGACCCAAGUCGAAGCCCGAGAAUUUCAGACCUAUAGCUUGCUUAAACACAUGCUAUAAGCUUUUAACAGGGUAUGUCACUAUGUACUUAAAUCAGCAUGUGACGGAACGUAAAAUAAUGCCAAAAGAACAGAUUGCAUUACGAGGCGGUGUAUGGGGUUGUACACAUGCCCUCACACUAGACCAGACACUAAUUUCUGAUGCACAAGAUCAAAAGCAAAGGCCGAUUAGUGUCGCAUGGAUUGACUAUGCAAAAGCGUUCGACAGUGUUCCGCAUAGUUAUAUCAAGUGGUUACUUAGUGUAAUACGUAUCCCAGAUCUGUUAAAGAAAUUCUUGGUUAGCAUUAUGACAAAUUGGAGAGUCCGCUAUGAAGUAAGGAUUAAAAGAGGUCAGACUGAUCGCAGCAACUACCUAAAGAUUCGUUCCGGUGUUCUGCAGGGAGAUAGCUUCAGCCCUUUACUGUUCUGUCUUGCGAUGGCUCCCAUCAGUCAAGCACUUAAUAACGUAUCAGGGGCAUACGUUACGGCCUCAGGAUCAAAGAAAAACCUGCAAUUAUCACUGUCGCAUAUUUUCUAUAUGGAUGAUCUAAAACUAUAUGGAAAUUCACGAGAAAGUCUAGCGAAACAGAUCAAAUGCGUAACAUCAAUUUCUAAGGAUAUAAACAUGGAAUUGAAUGUUAAAAAAUGUGCAGUAGCUCAUUUUUCCCCGAAUCCGCUUGAAAAACAAGUACCUGUGGACCCUGUGACAACAGUUGACAAAGACAUAAAUUUUCCUCUGCUGGAUGCCGAGUCAGUCUACAAGUACUUAGGCAUUCAGCAAAGAUUAGGGGUAAAAGAGCCUGAAGCGUGGGAGCGUGUUGCUGAACGUUGCAGCACAGUAGCUCGUAAAAUAUGGAGCUCCGAACUCACCUUCAGACAAAAAAAUAAAUACUCACAAUGCCACAGUAAAUCCUUCGCUAAAUUAUGUAGCGAGCUGCAUCAUCAAAGGUAA